AUGUCUGUCUUCAUUCGCGCAUGCGUGCUGUUCGCACUAUGUGUUAUUGGACUUCAGAUUGCUUACCCAUACAACAUACGGAACCACCCAUGUUGCUUGGAACCGAACGAGAAUCUGACACUGGCUAUGAUCAUAGACGCUUUCGAGAUAUAUGGCCACGACCCCACGGAUAAGUUGGACAAUCUCUGGUUGUACCAGAACGAGAUGAUGAGGGUCAAGACUGCGGAAGACCAGUAUCUUAUAAACGAGCGUGUUCAUAUAGCUACUGACCACUUGGGGAGAUUUAUAAAACUGCACAUACAAGAACUGAAGGUUCUAUUAAUCACGUUGGAUGAUGUGCUAGACAACAUGAUGACAAUGUAUGAGAACCACAACUCGAUAGCAGCAGAAAGAAAAGCCACGUAUACUGGCGGACCAGUCCCAACGGAGUUUUAUUUGAGCCAAGAAUAUUACUGCGGUAAAAACGUCUACAUAUUCUCCUCCGAACUGUACAGUGACAUAUACAACAUAGGCAAAGGGAUCGCACCCUAUUGCAAGGACAGGUCCUUCGUAUUUCUUGGUUUCCUGCACUAUCACGAUGAGCAAAAAUACUACCUUUUAGACGACCCGAGUAUUUCGUUCCCAACUGAUAACUAUAUGCAUGGGUUGGAGUGUCAUGUCGGAAUAUGCAUUUUUAGGUUCCCUUUCAAAAAGCUCUUGCAACGCGAGCGAGACGUCUCAACGCUACCGAAGGCGAUCGUGAAAUGCGGCCUCGUGAUGUACAAACUACCGCCACUUUCCGCCGCCGCGUGUAUCAUAGCUUCCGGCUCCUUUAUUUUGGACUUUAACAUUCAGGGGCUGCGGUAUAGGCACUAUGAUUAUUUAUUGACAAUACCGAACGGCCAAACAUAUUACACGAAAGAAGCUAACACGCCACUGGUGUGCGACCAUCACGUGUGCGAAUGGAAUUAUACCAACCAUUAUGGUGGUCCAUUCCUAAUACCAGGAGACCCUGGCACAGGAAUCGAUCCAGUUCCUCCGUACAUUGAACCUACACCGAAACCAGACGGCUUCGACGAAGAAAAUAUCACUGUACCAUACAUUCUAGAAGGUUGCCUAUUUAUGUACCCGCCAAACUACGGGUCCAUAGCUGGCAAAAGUUACUUAGAUCCUGUGGAACUUCAUGACGACAGGUUCACGUGCAAUGCUGCAGGCGGAGCUAAGGGUCUCUACUGGUACCCUCAAUGGAUGGGAGCCAUGCCGCACCACCCCUACUCGCCAAUGGUUGACGAUAAAGGCAACUUCGAGUCACCCGGCGCUUUCUACCCGCAUCAAAAUUAUGAUAUGGAAGACGCGGACACAGAUAGUUGAGAAUAAAUUAUUUUGAAUAA